GCUUCUGUGAUUGUUUCACAAUGACAUUCGAUUUCUGAGCAUUGUUAAAUCACGAAAUAGAAACCACGCGCUCUGUUUGCGCUUGACGUUACAGUUAAACGGAAAAAUAAAUCUAGAAUACAUCAGUGGAGCUUCACAACACCUGGAAUCUGUGAGUCCCGUCAAAGCCUUUUGGAGGCCACGGGAAUAUCAGAUCUCCGAACAAACAGCCCUGGAGAGUCCUUCAUGGCUCAUCACCUUACUGAGUCAGAAUGUGACCUCUUCCGGCGCUUAAAGCUGACUGAAGAGUGGACCGAUUCCUUGGAGGACGUGGUGAUUUUGAGCCGGGCCUCUGGCUUCCCUGCCCAAGGACAGGCGUCAAACUCCGGUCCGAGUGAUGUCAUGGCGACGUAUCUGUGUGAAGAAUUCAAAACUUUCUUAGAGAAAAGAGGAACAUAUAAGGAGCUGGAAAAUGUCAUUUCCAAAGUCAUUUUAAAAAUUGUACAGGCAAAGAAGGCAGAUGGGAGCUCGCUGUUUGUUGUCAAGCCCAAUAGCACUGUUGAAGUUCCCACGGAAAUAGUUACCUCUCCUGUCAGUGAGUCAGACGAACCCUCAAUCGCAAGGCCUACACUUCGCACUGUGUAUACCACCACUGUAAGCGACAUCUUACAAAACCAGCAGACGUCAUCUGACUUGCAGGUUGAGCAACAUGAUGCAUUUGGAUGGAGUGAAGAUGGUACACAUACCAAUAUCGUAAAAUGUCUAAAUAAGAUUGACUUUGACGAAUUCUGUGAUGUCAAAACGAAUCUGCGCGCCGACGGCAUGAGACUCAGACAAGCGCCUCGCAGGUGCAGAUCCACGGCGCGUGGUGGGAGCGACAGCACUAGGCGUGGUACCGACUCUCUGAGGGCGAUUCUGCUGGGCGCGCUGUCCAGCCUCAACCGCCAGACCAGGAGAGAAAUAGCCCUGUCUCAGAAACUGGGGAUGAUUGUCACCCCACUGCCAAACGAUGGCAAAUCUGGCCAGCAAUAAAUGUCACAAAGCAUUUUGUUUGUUUGUUUCUCAAUUGGGUAAAUGGUGUUAUUAGAUUAAAGUGAUUGGCUAAUGAUAGGCUUCAAACGGCUGAUCAAGAUUAAAUGUGUUCUGGUCAACAUCUGCUGUAGUCUCAAUAACUCAGGUGUUGGGAUACCUUUAUACAUUUUUAACCUAGUUGGAAACUACAUUUGACUGUAUAACAGUUAAUGCACAAUUUUAUCAGAAAUGCUCAAUGAAAUGCGAUAACUUUUUUAUCACUUAAGAAUCCUCAGAUCACGAAUAGGUUAUUUCGGACUUCCUGUCUUU